CGGAUUGCACGCAAGGACGCGCGAUGGCUGCACCGACCAAGUUCAGUUUUUCCGUCAGGAGCAUCCUGGAUUUGCCUGAGCAGGAUGCGGAGGCAGCGCCGCGGUCUUCCCCUGUCUACUCCUCCUGCUCCUCCAGCUCGCCCUACACCUCCUGGAUGAUGGACUGCGACCGGAGCCCAUGCAUGUCUUCCGACGAAGGUAGUCUCGAGGCCUCCCCCGACUCAACCAAGCCGGAUGACUCUUCCCUGGACUCGGAGCCCGACAAGAGCAAAAAAAGCAAGAAGCGCCGGGUGUUGUUCUCCAAAGCCCAGACCCUGGAGCUGGAGAGACGUUUCCGCCAGCAGCGCUACCUGUCCGGUCCGGAGAGAGAGCAGCUGGCCCGGCUCCUCAGCCUGACCCCGACCCAGGUGAAGAUCUGGUUCCAGAACCACCGCUACAAGAUGAAGAGAGGCCGGGCGGACGGAGCGCUGCAGGACGUGGAGAUAGCGCAGCCUCCGGUGCUGCGCAGGCUCGUCGUUCCGAUCCUGGUGCGCGAUGGGAAACCUUUUCACACCUGCUUACUUGACACGGAGAAAGCUGGCUGUCUACCUGUUUCCUCUCAAGCGGUACCCUUCCCCUUGGCCUACCCGUCUCUUCAGCAUCCCUCCCCGGUCGCUCUUCCCCCCAGGUACCAGCACUUUCCCACCGCGGCGGCCUCCAGAUUCGCCUGGAGAGACUUUUGGAGCGACUCGGUCCACUUUAACUCUUUCAAAUGAAGGCCUCAUUUCAACGCACAAACUCAUUUAGAACUGCAUCAAAUGUUUUCUGAAUGUUUAGCAAAUUUUCGAGCAACUUAAACAUUUAGAUUUUUCACUAUAGGCCUAUGUAGAACAAAAGGUAUUUUGCACAUUUUAUUUUGAUAUUUUUGCGUGUUAUUUUUUAAAUGCUGAUUAUAUUUUCUCAUACAUGGGCUUACUGGUGUAGCCUGUAUUUUUAAUUAUCCGCUGAGAUAAUGUAUUUGUAUGUUUCGAAGCCGUUUAAACAUAAUAUUUGUAUAAAUAACUUGUUGUUGUUGAAGGGAAAUAAUGUACAGUAGUCUGCAUUAGGCGGUAAUAGAAGCGGUAGCAGCAAAGCUAUUAUUAUAGCCUGAAUGUCUGAAGGAAAAAUAAUGUUAUUUGUUGUCUUUAAGGAGACUUUCUUUAAAGGUUUUACGUGUUAAACUUUUUUUUAUUUGUGAACAAAAUUAUUAA